GUUUUUUCACCGUUAGGUUGGUGUUGAUGAAAAAGUUUCAAAAACAAUUGCAGAUCAAAUUUUGUUGACAAGUGUCACAACAGUUGCAAUUGCAAUGGAAUUUCAAACAAGUGGGAAUAAGCGUUGGUCACGUUUUCGGUACUAUUUAUGGCAAUUUCUUCUCUUAAUAACGAUUGCUGUGACUCUCCACUAUGGCAAAAUGGUGCUUUGGAAACAAUUCGAUUUUCGGUACAAACCCCAAACUUACUUGGACGUCGUCAACAUGCCCGAAAUGCAAUGCAAUAAACUCCUUUUUGAAAUCACUCAUCUCCGGAAGGAAAUAACUGAAAUGCGAGCACAGUUUGAGGAAAUUCACUCGUGGAAAGUCGACUUUGAGGGAAAUUGCAAAGAAAACUUGAACCAAGCGUUCGAUCGCUUCCACUCGGACAAAAUCGGGAUUUUUGACUAUGCCUCCGAGUACGCCGGAGGCUCCAUUAUCUCAACCCCCGAGACCACCCCCCUGCCCUCGCGCUUCGGUCUGCGUUUUUUCGGCACCAUUGAUUGGGUGGGCCACUCCGACCCCGGAAUUCUCCUCCAACCAAACACAUUUCCGGGGAAAUGUUUCGCCUUUUACGGGGACAAAGCCCGGAUUCGUGUACGACUAGGUCGCCCGAUUGUCAUCACCCACGUCAGUUUGGAACACAUGCGGAUCGGGGGGGAAACCCCGACGAGUGCCCCUAGGGAUUUCGAAAUUUGGGCUUUGGGUGAGAGGGGUGAGGAGAGCUUGGGGCGGUAUGUUUACGAUCUAGAUGAUUCGAUUAUUCAGACUUUUCGGGUGAUUGAGAAGAAUCAGACGUUUCGAAACGUGGAAUUGCGCAUCCUCAGUAAUCACGGUAACGCUGAAUCGACGUGUGUUUACCGAUUCAGGGUUCAUUCUGUGGAUAGUUGGCAUUGAAACAUUCACUUGUUACGUCAUCACUAGUGUGAAGUUAGCCGAGUGAAAUUCGACCUUAAAUGUAGUGUCAAUAAAGAAUAACAUAAUUAAAGAUGACGUCAUGCUAAAUAUACAUAACGCAUCUGUCCAUGUACUAAUUUUUAUUAUGUUUAUGUUAAAACCGUUGGAAUUUUGUUUUGUUUGAUCAUAAAAUUGUGUUUUGUGUC